AUGCAGACCUCACAAACACUAUCAAGCAUAGAUUAUACAUUUGUGCCGAGUCCAUCGAGUUCCGAUCGUUUCUCUCCUCACUGGCCCUGUGUUGGAUAUGGCGGACGGGAGGACAAAGAGAAUCAGCCUCCCGCCAGCCCCACCAGCAUAUACUUGGAAGAGGAUGGGGUGUAUUACGGACGUAUUUUCCCGGAAGACGGGAACGAGGAUGUAAUAGCCUCCACGAAAGAAUCCUUCUCGCUACUGAAGCAACACUACAACAAAAUUCUCACAGCCAAAAAUUUCAGAAUACAUGACGAUGCUGCGUUUCUCGACGGGCUAGGAUCUCUUGGCAGCCCAAGAACAAUCGCUAGUAGAUCAGGGCUCGUCUCCGAGAUAAAAAGGUGGAGGUUGAACACUCUUUCGGAUGCCGGAGUUGUGCUUUCGGCCAUUGGUGGGGAACUUUCGAUCUCGGAUUGUGCCAAGCAAUUUCUGGAUGAUCCCGAUUCGUGGUGCGUGCACCGGACCUCGCAGACCUUUUCAUUCUCUUUCGGAGUGGGCGACAUUUCUUGUCGAGCCUUCUUCCAGCCAAGAUCUAGCUGUGUCAAGGUUGAAAACUUGACGGCCGAACCAUUGCAAUGUUGUCAGCUUAUUGACGCCGAGCCCGACAUGAAUCGCCAAAUCUCAUUAGAUAAAGGAGUUCAGAACGAGCUGGAACUAGACGUGGGGGCUUGGAGGAUUUCGUCGUUAUCUUCGGACAACUCAUUCAUCGACUUGUUUGUAUUUAGCAUUGCGUACGACGUCACCGUGCAACAGAAAAGAAGAGCCUCAUUGGAAGUCACCGGUAGCCUGUCAGGCCGGAAAUACAUGCGAUGCCUCCCAAGUCAAGAUGUCAAGAACCAUGACGGGGCUACUGAAGAGGAGUCUCGUGAGGUUAACCGGGAAAUCUGCCAAUGCGACUCGUACAACGAUGGGGCGAUGAUCAAGGACGUCCUCGCAUAUGCCACGGAAUCGCUUACGAAGCUUCAGAUUACCGCGAAGAAGUACACCCUCCAAUCUUGUGGGGAUUGCGGCAACAAUGAGUCGUACACACUCGAUUUAUCUGACAAGAUAUUGACAACGGAGUUCACGUCCCUCCGAAUAGGAGUGCACUCUCGACAUGGGCUGGUGGCUGUAAGAGACUUAUUCGUUAGUCAUGAGACUACCAUGCAGGAAGUGGACAAAAGAUUCCGAAGGCAAAGAGCCAUGGUGGAAGAGGACUGGAGCCACCCAUUAGUUGAGAAGGUGUGGAGUUUCGAUACUCGUCUCGGCUAUACAUACGUCUCUUUUACGUACCCGCCACUGCUUCUAGAUAUGGAUAUGGAAGGGAUGUUCAAAGGUGAUCCAAAGACCUUUGAUGCAAUUCUUCGGGACUGUCCACUAGGUCUUCGUUUUAUCCAUGAGGAGCUUGGUGAGGUACAUCUCAACAUCUCGUCGAGCACCAUUGGGUAUAAUCCGGCAUCAGACCGGUUUGUAAUAUUGGAUCUUGACUAUGGCCACGAUAAGUCGGGCAGAAACAACUUAAAGACAACUGGCGCCGCUGGAUACACCGCACCGGAGGCCCUACUCGACCACCUGACAGCAGACUUCAGUCCCGCUCAGAUGGGUCCGAAGGCGGACAUAUUCGCACUGGGAGUGGUUUUUGCGUGCGUUCUUGGACGAAUUCCGUUCCCUGAAUCAAUUGAUUGGAGGUUUCCUCGAACCACUCCAAUGGCGUUGAAAUGCGACGCGUAUGUCCAUCAGACGACAACUAUGCUAAGACGGAUAAAAAAAGGUUUGCUGGUCGACCAAGGUACACCCGAAAAUGUCCUCCUUGAGCGAAUGCUGGAAAACACAGUGGACCGACGACUUUCUUCUGAAGACUUGGUGACUGAAUCGGCAGCUUUGUUGAGGCAUCGGUCGUGUGGCUCCCUGAAUCAGCUUGAGUCCAUUGCUGGCUGUGAAUGA